CUUGUCGGAUUAAAAGAAUUCUCUGAUGAUGAUAUUGAUAUGGACAUUGAAUAUGGUCAACAAAUUAACAUUCAAAAUAUUCAUUUAGAAAAUCGCCAUGGUCAAUUGUAUUCGACAAUGAAUACAUCAUCAGUGUUACUACCUUAUGUUACAGGUUAUCCAAAAGUAAAAUAUCAAAAAUGGUUUCGUUCAACAUUAAUUCGUCUAAUACAAUUGUCUACAAAUUAUCAAGAUUUUACUCGUCAACGAAUCAAUAUGGAAAUUUGUUGUUUAACAUCAGGUUAUUCUCAUGAAUUUAUUGAAAAUGAAUU